AUGUUGAUUCCGAUGACCUCAUCAGCAUGGGGUCCAACGAUUGAUGUGCUGAAGAAAAUUGACAUUCCAUCUGUCUUUAUUGGGGAAUCAUCAGCUAAUUCCCUGAAAGGCGAAUUCAUCUAUGAAAAAGGGGGCCACAUUAUUUUAGUUCCAGAAUUUAGUCUUCCUCUGGAAUACUACCUAAUUCCUUUCCUUAUCAUAGUGGGCAUCUGUCUCAUCUUGAUAGUCUUUUUCAUGAUCACAAAAUUUGUCCAGGAUAGACAUAGAGCUGGAAGAAACAGACUUUGUAAAGAUCAACUUAAGAAACUCCCUAUUCAUAAAUUCAAAAAAGGAGAUGAGUAUGAUGUAUGUGCCAUUUGUUUGCAUGAGUAUGAAGAUGGAGACAAGCUCAGAAUCCUUCCUUGUUCCCAUGCUUAUCACUGCAAAUGUGUAGACCCUUGGCUGACUAAAACCGAAAAAACUUGUCCAGUCUGCAAGCAGAAAGUUGUUCCUUCUCAAGGCGAUUCAGACUCUGACACAGGUAGUAGUCUAGAAGAAAAUGAGGUGUCAGGACAUACCCCUUUACUUAGACCUGUGGCUUCUGUCAGCACACAGUCAUUUGGGGCUUUGUCAGUAUCCCGUUCACAUCAGAACAUGACAGAAUCUUCAGACUAUGAGGAAGAUGACAAUGAAGAUACUGACAGUAGUGAUGCAGAAAAUGAAAUUAAUGAACAUAGUGUUGUGGUCCAGCUGCAGCCUAAUGGUGAGCGGGACCACAAUAUAGCAAAUACUGUUUGACCUUCAGGGGUGAUUGGGUUAUUUCCCUUUAAAGUGUUUAUUUAGGUCUAUAAUUUGAUUUUUUUGCUUUCAGAGAUUCCUGUAGAAAUAACUUACUUUUUAUUGUUCUACAGUUCAGAUUGCUGAAACAGGUUUUUUUGAUCUGGUAUUUAUCUGCAGGGGUGCACUUCGUUUCACUAAUAACUAAUAAUAGACUGGUGCCGGAAGUCGGGCAUCCGAUCAACUCUCCUUUCGGAAUGAAAUAAAGCCACAACAUUAAAGAAAUUCCUCAGUAUAGCUUUCAGCUAAGACCUAGAUCGCAGUUAUGCAAAUGUUUCGUGUCAUCACACACAAGGUCAGUGCUGUGGCCACCGAGCAUGAGCCAGACCAACUCCCUCCUCCUUCAAGUCGCCUAUAGAGUCAUUGAGUUGGAACAUGAUCGUUCUGUUAUUUGCCCAAAUUGCUGUUAGUGGGACGCAACAAACUAAUUUAGCAUU